AGGUUGAGAAAAUCCCAUGUGAAUUCAUAAAUAAUUUCAAUCCAACGUAUCCUGUCGUUCUUGGUGGACUUCUCUCCAACGAAGAUAACAUUGGCUAUAUCAGAGUAAGUUGAUGAACAAAUAUUGCUUCAUUAACCCGUGUGUAUUUUGAAUGAUCGGGGCUGACCUUAUAGCGUUGUUACGUAAUAUAUGAACAACGAGAGCGCGUGUUUUACCGGGAUAUCCAAACACGAGAAAACAAUGUAUGAAAACACGAGCGCGAAGCGCAAUUGUUUUCAUGCGUUGUUUUCGAGUGUUUGGAUAUCCCGGUGAGACACGAGCUCGAGUUGUUUAUAUGGCUUCUCAAAUGAAUCGAAUGAACAACAAAAUAAUCACAAAACGCCAAUCUGGCUUCCGUAAAUAUCACUCUACUGAAACUGCUCUCUUGCAAACAACCAAUGAAUAUUUAAUGAAUAUGGAUAGAGGCUUAAUAAAUGGUGUCUUGUUUCUUGAUCUCAAAAAGGCAUUCGAUACAGUCGACCACAAAAUCCUUCUUGCUAAACACGAACUAUAUGGAGUUCAAGGUGUAGCCCUUAACUUCUUCAAAUCAUACUUAACCAAUAGGAGUCAAUUAUGUACAGUCCAAGGUAUAAAUUCCCAACUGAAAAAGAUAAGAUGCGGAGUCCAACAGGGAUCAAACUUAGGACCGUUAUUAUUCUCAUUGUAUAUAAACGAUCUUCCUAACUGUCUCGAACAAACAGAGGCAUCUAUGUUUGCAGAUGACACAAAUAUAUCAAGCAUUGGUAAUUCACCUGCGGACAUAGAAGUGAAACUAAACAAUGACUUGUAUAACGUCAAUAACUGGUUAAUAGAAAACAAGCUUACUUUAAACGUAAAAAAACUGAAUUUAUGCUAAUAGCCUCUAAACGAAAAUUGAAACAAUUCUCAUAUGACCCAUGUAUACUGAUUGGUAAUCAUAACAUCAAACAGGUAACCAAUAAAAAAAGUACUGGGAAUUACGUUAGACGAUGAACUGAGAUGGCAUAAACACAAUGAUCUUCAAUGCAAAAAAACUAUCCAAGAGCAUCGCCUUAUUAAGACGAGCCAAACGAUUUGUUAACCAAAACGUCUUAAUUAACAUGUACAACUCACUAGUCUUACCUCACUUUACCUAUUGCUCCAACGUGUGGAAUGACGGCAGUCGUACACAUACAGACAAGCUUUUAAAAAUGCAAAAACGAACGGCUAGAAUUAUCACAGGGUCAACUUACGAAGUAAGAUCGAAAGAUAUAUUUAAUAUCUUACACUGGGAACCAAUUGAAACCACUCUUAAGAAAAGAGAAAUGAUAAUGACAUUUAAGGCCUUACAAGGACAACUGCCAGAAUGUAUGACCAACUUCUUUAAAAUUUGCCUAAAUGAUAUGUACCCAUUAAGAAGUAAUAACUGUAAACUUUAUUUGGAAAAACCUAAAACAGACUUCUUGAAGAAUUCGUUUUCAUAUCGAGGUGCUACAUCAUGGAACAAUCUUCCAAAUGAUGUUACCAACAACUACAAAGUGCUCUCCAUAAGUAACUUCAAAACUUUAAUCAACAACUAUUUCACCAAUUUGGAGAGGAAUAGUAUAUGACAACCACUUGUGGGGCUGAUUUUGAUUCGAAGGAGUAAUUUUUGGGUCUGGGAGGGUUAACAUAACAUACUAUUUCUAGUUAUAUAUGUGAGUCAUUCUAAUUUAUAUAUAGUGUUCACUGCACGGGCUUUCUUUUUUACAUAGUUAGUAUGUACAAUAGAUUUUUCAUAUUUGUAAAUAUUCUAACGGUCCCUUGAAAAGUAGUUUAAUCUGAAGGGCUACCGUUAUUAAAUAAGAUGAAUAAUAAUAAUAAUAAAACCUCAGUUUUAUUUUGGUCGGACAGAAUGUCCGGUGGUUUCCUCUCUACGUCGGACAAUUUCACGAAUGGGUCGGACAAUGUCCGUGACCGACCGAUAUUUUAAGGCCUGACUAAAAAAUCUGCUUGACCAUACAUUUUCUUCUUUUCGAAUAGCGAUUACCGGAACUUGUAUUGUUAGCGCGUGUCGUUACUAUAAAUCAGAUUGCAGUAAUUUUGUCAUGUAUAUAAUAAAAUAUUUAAACAUGUCGAGGACGCUUUACAGCUAUAUUUUCAAAUACACUGUACUUGAACAAGCACAUUUACUGUACUACAUUACAGCAACUAUCCAGUAAUACAGUCGUGAUAAAAACCGGCAUAUAAAACUUUAUAAACAAAAGAUAAUGUAAAACGUAACAGAACGGCGAACAUGAAGAUUUGGCCAUCUUAAAAAAUGGUAAUGGUGGGAUAGGAGCGUUGCAGACUACAGAGGAGACUUUUUAUCACCCAUGCUAGUACACUUCGUUCAGGUGAUAAUUUGUCUUCAUCUUCGUUGUUUUUUAGGUUCGUCUUAAGAAACAUCGUUGGUACAAGCGUAUCUUGAAAACUCGAGAUCCUCUCAUUAUGUCAAUCGGAUGGCGCAGAUUUCAGACUGUCACGAUGUAUUCCACUCAAGAUCACAAUGGUCGCUAUAGAUCACUCAAGUACACACCAGAACAUUUACAUUGUGUUGCCAGUGCUUACGGUAUGUGAGAGCAUGUAUUAAGCAAAUGUGACGUUAUUUAAACGAAAACUACAUGAUUACAUGCAUGAGGAUGGAUCCAACCAGAUCUACUUACUAGGGGGCUACGCAUCGACUCACGGCCAUGGUUUGAGAUCCAACCGUUAGGCAAGUUCAUAAUAGCGAACAUAAGAAAGGCUUGAUCUAGUACAGGGACGUGACAAGAAACAACCUUAAAUUUUACACUUUUAAAAUUAUAAACACUUCGUGUAGAGAGUUCUACAAAAGUAUACCAUGUGAUCCGGUCGACCUCGUGUUUCUUGGGAAGCAUAAGAAAUUAAGAACAUUAAGUACAUUAGUAUACUACAGUGUGUAGUAACUUUUGAUCGUGUCUUUUGUUUCUGGUGGAACAGCUUUGUAUGGUUCUUUUAAUUCCUUUCUGUUCUUUCUUCUGCGUAUAUAUUUUUAUAUUUAUUAUUUCUUGUAUGCAGUAAACUUUAUUAAAUUAAAUUAAAUUAACUCCUAUUAUUAAGAACGUCAGCAGGCCUGACGAAUGUGUAACGAGAACGAAUAAUGAUAUACUAAUACUAGAAAAUACAUGCAUACAGAAACCCUCGCCUUGCUAACAAAACCAUUGUAUUUUCCGAGUAGUUGUCAUGGUAACACGACAAUGCAAAUCAAAAAUUAAAAAAAAAUAUCACUUUUAAUUACAAAAUUAUCAAUUUCCCAAACAUAUAUAUGUUAGGUAUGUUAUUAUACGCAUUAUAAGCUUCAAAUUAAGGUAAAAUUGAACAACAAUAAGGCAAAACGUUUUAAAGUGUUCCUUUAAAGAUGCGGUACAGUCCGUAUGUAAACAAAGGCUUUUUUACAUUUCGGUGUCCAAAAUAUUGAAUUCUAUUCGACAACUAUUUAUAUUUUCAUGAUUAUAGAGUAUAAUAAAUUAUCAAGACACAACAAUCAAGCUUUGCAAGAACAUAAAAUGAAAUAAAAAACUAAAUAAACUGUUUGUAAAUAAAAAGAGGGCUCUUUUGUGCACAUGCGCAGAUCGGACUGUACCGCAUCUUUAAUUAAUAUAAAACUAAACUGCCUUAUAUAGAUAAACUUUGAAUUUGAAAUAAAAUGAUUUCAAAUUCUCGCAUUCAAAUAACUUUGCUUUUUUUUAUUUAAAAAAUUUAAUACAAUAAAAAAAUGAUAAUCAAUAAAGAUACACUGAAAUUAUUUAAAAUAUACGCAACGAUUCGUAUUAUUUAAAAUAUACGCAACGAUUUGCUUUUAAUAUAAAUAAUUUGUAUUAUUAUAUUAUUAUUAUUUUAAAGCAAUUAUAAAGCGAACAAUACAUCAAUAUUUAAAACAAACUUACCUUCGUUAACGUCGGCGCUUUUACUCCUUUCUUUUAACAAUUCUUUCGCUUUCAUUUUAUCAAAAAGCUUUUGAAAUUUACAAAAUCUUGCAAAAAUGAAAUAUAUUUGCAAGAAAUCAUCAAAUCAAGAAAUGUUUGCCAUUUCGCUGUCGUCAUGCAGUCAUAAUGCAAAUUUUAUAUUGGACCAAUCAGUGUUGGCUAUUCAUGACAGUCCGCUAUAUUAUGAGAUCAGUGAGGAUGACCACCCACCGAAACACCGGGUGACCCACGCCCGCGAUCAUUGAUGAACUUUAGACUUCGCUAAUGCUUUCCUUUCCGCGCCGUUGGCUCGGGACAAGAACACGAGCAGAAAUGAACAAUUAAAAUCCCGCGGAAGUUGUCGCUCUGUUAUAUCGGCAAAAUGCAGAUUAUCGCGUCUUGUAUACAACGCUUGGAUUUCAAGUUGGGACAACUGCUACUUUCAAUUGAGUCCUAGAACUUUUCUCAAUCAUUAACCACAGUUGUGUUAACCUCAAUCUUUAAACCGUAUUAUUUUCCAUACAAUUGAUAAUAGACGACAAGAUUUCUUCUGCAAUCAUUUGGUUCAACGAUUUUCUUUGUCGUCGCCUUCCCGUCCUACAUGCUUAUGGUCGCUAGUAAUUUGGAACCACGCGCAGCAGUGUUCUAUUGAAUGGGCGAAAUAUUUUCCUAGGAUGGGUUCAGGGGCAUUAUUGCAUGUGGUAAUGGUUACCGGAUAUUGCCUGUCCAAAUUUGAUAAUGAAAUUGGCGCCCCCUUUGCGCACCCCCUUCCCUUGCCAAGGCUAAGGGGGUGGGCACAUACACACACACACCCUGCACCCCUUUCCCCCCAGUAAAUUUAUUUUGACAUCCAAUAAAUGCCCUGCUUGCAAAAAUCCAAUAAGUGUUUAUUUUUAAGGACCCAUUGUGCCUCCAGGUACUGGUGUAUUGGCUGUCCAGUCCGUGACAGAUGUUGCCGUAAGUUUAUGUUUAUUUGUAUACCGACGUCUGUAAACAGAUUUAAAUCCAAUUAAAGAGAUUUUUAUUGCAUGUUUCUAGGCACUAUCCAUUUCUUUUUGAAGUCACGUUUUUACUAAUAUACCGUUAAAAUGGCUUUCUAUAUAGUUUUUGUUGCAAGCCAUUAUAUGGCUUGCAACUAUCAUAUACUUAAAAUCUGUCCUGUCCUGUCCACUUUUACGUGCAGUUACGAUUUCGUGUCGACCAUAUAUAUAUAUAUAUAUAUGUGUGUGUAAAUCAAUAUAUUAUUGUAGUAUUUCAUAAAAAAAAUUUCCGAAAAUAAGUAUAGUUCGAACAUAUGGACUGACCAGCGACUAUACGUACGUUUCCGUCAUACACGGACUAAGAUCAAUUCUACACUACUCACUAUACCACAAUACUCUCUCUGUAUUUAGAAGUGUAUAACAGUCUCAGGGACUUUAUACUACUUGCGCUACUGUAUCAAGUGCUGUGCUAGUAUAAAACGGCUUUUCAAUUAACGUGUGCUAUUUUUAUUUCAUGCACGUUUAUACCGUGAGUAUAUUAAAUUAUAAUUCUUUUAAAUUGAUGUUUAAAUUGGCAGUUUAUAGUUUAUUUAUCAAGAGUCAAGACCAUGUCAAGUCCGUAAUGUGAGCAAAGGAUUUGUUUACAUUUUGAACUGCAAUAUUUGUAAAAUAAGACAUACUAACUGAAUAUCUAACACCUUUUCUGGUUCGCAAUUGUAAAUGAAUAUAAACUAUAGAGUACGUUUCAAUUCAAAAAGUUCGAAAGAUGCAAAAUUUGGGCAAUGUUUAUAUCUGUGGGCCCAUUUGUUAUGAGCAGAACUGAUAUAGUAACUUCACUUAUAGUAAUAUUACGGCUAGUUACAUAACAAAGUAAAAGUCGUGCACAAGCCGUAUUGCGUAAAGUCCGUAAAUAUAAAAAAUAUGUAAACAAUGAAUUUUAUCAGGCAUAUGCAUGCGACACUGAUUCAGAUCUAUGUUUACGUUUUGUCACGUGCUUGGUCACACAAUAAUAAUACUCUGUGCUUGUGGUACGAGUUUUUCUCCCUUGACAAAAAGCGGACCAAUGAGACAAGAAUAGACAAGCAGAUAGUGCUUGUGACACGUUAGACUUGCUCCAAGUCUCACUUUCAUUGUCAUAUCGAUCCACUAUAGUGUACAUUACAUGACGUAGCGCAGAGAGGCGGAGCGAGAGAGAGACCAGUCGAAACACUUGCUUUAAUUGUUUUCCAUCAAUUCUUUUCUGUAUUAUUUACUAUAAUAGAACUCAUGUUAUUUACAUAGAUCAAUACAUAUUCUCGGUAUAGGCACAACGCGCAAUACGCACGGUAAACAGCGAGAAGAGAGCAUUUGUACUACACCUGUAAACAGCCAAAAGAGUUCAUCGAAAUAUGACUAGGUUGACUGGGUUGUAUCGUCCUCCCAGGCUAGUCACAGCGUUGCUUUAUCACGCCUUAUCUGCUCUAUCAACUAUGCUCAUAUACUCGAAUGGCUUGCAACAUGUACGCUCCGCGUAUCUAUUUUUCUAGUUUUUAAACUGCAGUAUAUUCCGAAAUUCGCAUAGUCGCAACGAUUGCCAAAAAUAUGAAAUUACAACUGAUUAUAUUUAGUCAAUGAAAAUCGCUUUACUUGACAAGUGGACUGGCUGGAGAAAAAUAUAUUUUUGGGCGGCAAACCCAGUGCCGUGGGCUAGUAAAAUAUAUGUUUUGUCAGGAAAUCAUUACUUUAGUCUCGAUUUGUAAAACUCUCUCUUCGCACUUGUCCGCUUACCAGACGAGAAAAUCAUUGCGCGCGUGUUUCUUCAUUAAUAUUCAGUACACGUCAGCAUGUACAUUUUACGCAUGUUCAGUUAAGAUGAGCUAGCUCAUCUUAGCUGUCUAUUUGUGACCGCGAUUUCUGAUCGUGCAGUGCAAUGAACAAAAAAGAGUAGAGCCUGGAAACGAGACAGGAGAAAUGGCGGCAAUGUAAACUUUCACUUUUUCAACAACUUACUGCAACAUUUGAAAUUGAAAACCCUACAAGAAUUUAAAUACAAUGCCUAAUCCAUGGGUGAAAAUAUCACGAUAAUAUCGAAAUAUCGCCCAACCGUACUAUUCAUUUUCAAGAUUUAGAAAUAUCGUUUCAAAAAAUUUGCUGGGGAACAUCGGCAUUACUCCUGGAUUUUAAUGUCGUGUUGCGGGAGUCUCUUGAGCCCUCUUGUUUCAAUAAAACAUAAUUCGCAAUAAAAAACGAUGGAGUUUAAAUGUUUGUACGCGGAAACAAAGUUCACAUAAAUAGGUAUUCAUUAAAUGACUAAAUUUCUUUAUUUCAGGCACAUUUUCGCAUUGCUGCGACGGGAGUGAUUCUGGAUUUGGAUAAAUCUGUGGACAUAGUAAAGAAAUUAAAACUGACAGGGUCUCCUCUGAAAAUCUACAAGAACACCGCAUUUAUCAAGGUGGAUGUGUGAUAUUUUAUUUCUAGUUUAUAAUAAGUACAUUUGUAAAACACACAAAGAUACAAAUACCAUUAAAACGUUAUUAACAUAAACAAUUUAUACAUACAGUGCAGGCAGGGACUGGCGGGGGGGAUAAACAAUUACUGUCGUUCCAAUUGAAGUGUUCCUCAAAUAUUGAUUCAAUACGUUACCUCGGGCUGACCAAUUCAUUUCAUCAAGUUCCUCAAGAUAUUCAUACACUUCCUGUGAAAACGCCAAUUCCAAGAAUUUGAUCAUUUCUGGUCACUUCCUUUCUAUUUAUGAUUGGUUAGUUUCACAAACAACAAAGGUGAUUGGUGCAUUCAAACUAUUCAACAGGAAGUUUACAAGUAUACUAGGAAGUGUAUGAAUAUUUGGAGGAACUUGAUCAAAUGAAUUGGUCAGCCCGAGGUAAUGUAUUGAAUCAAUAUUUGAGGAACACUUCAAUUGGAACGACAGUAACAGUACAUCUACAUGAAUACAACUACUGGCAUUUACUUUGGCAUAAACUGAUUGGAUGGGUGUUAACAACUACCGUGUUUUACUCGUGCCGUCUAAAACUAUUGCAUUUUCAAUUGACAAGUCUUAAAGUUUUUAGAGUGUUUAUGUGCGCCUGAAGAAUUAGCCCCAACACUAUCUCCUGGGGUUUAGAAGAAGUAGUCUUUGCGAAAAGUGUGGGGCAUGGACCCUCCCAUUUCCUCCCCCACCCUUGGCCUCAACCUUGCCAAGUGCAUAGAACUUGAACUUCGUGGCACUUACAACUACAUACGAGGACAUUCUGCAAUAUCGAUUGAUUGUACAAAUUAGAGUAUUUAAAUCGUGGCCAACCUAUUCCGUGUCUUACUUUUAUAUAGGGAAUGUUCAAUUCGUCAUUAGAAGUAGCCAAGUUUGAGGGUGCAAACGUUCGAACUGUCAGUGGCAUAAGAGGUCAAGUGAAAAAGGCUAUCAAAGUAAGUAAAGAGUGUACAAUUUUAUAGUUCGGUCAAAUAUGCCCUGAAAUUACCAAAGCCGGGACAAGUCGAUUUUUAUCAAUGAAUUUCUAAUGUUUUACUAUUUAGGCGCCUGAUGGAGCGUUUCGAGCGACAUUCGAAGACAAGAUUUUAAUGAGCGGUA